AUGACUGAUAAAGACCUUAAGAAGUUCCCCGCAGCACAUAUACCAUUUGUCACAAAGAUCUGCAGAGAUAUUAAUCAGAAUAACAAACAAAAGAAGAAUCUGUUCAAUAGAUCAGAUCAUCGGAUGCCUCCAAACCAAGAACCUAAUCCAGGAGGUUGGGAUUCUGAUGAAUUUGACCAAGAAGGAAGUGACGACGACUAUGAGGAGCCAGAUAAUAAUAAUGAGUGUGAAGACAAUUACAUAUGCGCAGCAUCAUGUGAUACUGAGGAAGAUGUGAAUAUUGAUGAUGACUACGAAACACCUCCUACUGAAACACCUUCUGAAUUACCAACUCAUUUUCGUGUUGCCAAGCCUCUUGGUGAUGGUGAUUAUUUAGACAGCGGCCCACGUGGUUCUGCAAGACCACCCCAGGACAACAGGUCAGCAUCUCUUCCCAGAGGGCUUUUGAAUACACCUAAGCCUCCAUCCCGACCGGAUCCCUCUCCACAAAGGCCUUUCAUUCCCCCCAAUCAAUUCAAACCUGGUGUGCCAAUGGUAGAUCGGAGUAAGAAACCUGGCUCAUCUGCUCUGUCAAAAAAAACAAUUGGCAAAUCAGCAAUAAACCAAAACACCUUACCAAUGGCUUCAAAUCCAGCAACUUUACCCACACAAAGAUUUAACAUCCAGCAGAGGGAUGAGUUUCCUCCUCCACAAGUAGAAGUGAAUGUGAUGAUGGGGCAGGACAUGGAUCCACGGUGGUAUGUGGGGCAAAUGUCACGAGCAGAGGCCGAAGUCUCACUCAGACAAAUGAAUACAGAUGGCACUUUCUUGGUGAGAGACAGUUCAAAGGGCUGCACAGAGCAGCCAUACACACUCAUGGUGCUGCACCAGCUAAAAGUGUACAACAUCCAGAUCCGUUUCCUUGGAAACAAAAAUGGAUAUUCCCUGGGCACUGGGCUAAAUGGUGUCGAGAAUUUCUCCAGUGUCGUAGACAUGGUCGCACAUCACAUGAAGACCCCACUGAUUCUGAUAGACGGACUGGAGCGUGGAGCAGGACCUAAUCGCCAGUGCUGCCUCAUGCACCCGGCAGGUUUCUGAACCCACAAAGCAGAAGACGAAUCUAUGUAAUGCUGACUGGAUUCCAGUGUCAAACAGACUUACAUGGAAUUCAGACACUUUGUCUGGUGAAAUGCAGCAAUUAUAAAGUUAGCAAUCAACACCAGGAUAUUUAAGCACUGAAAAAUGAAGUACAUGACUAAAUUAAUAAAUCAUUCUCAGUUUAAUUUGAUCCGACAAGACUGUCUACACCUUUUAAAUUGAAGAUAAAUGUUUAAACACUUUCAGUGUUCAAAAUCAAGCAUUUUAGACUCAAUGUUAGCUA